AUGGAAAGAUAUUGUGGACUGGUUAAAACUAUUUUUCUUGUCAUUUUUCUAUAUUUUAUUAGUGUCAGCUGUGUCGAUUCAUUCGUUUGGUACGGUGACCAUCGUCAUUUGUUUAAUCAGUUCAAACACGAAGCACAACAUACGUUACCGCAACCGGAGCAUACUGAUCCAACUCCGUUCCCGUUUACAUUCUGGAGAAAGAGGAAGAGAACAUCACUUCAAACUCAGAUUUUUUCUAAUACGAAACCUAAAUUACGGAAAUUGUUUAUUAAGGAUGCUCGAUUAACGAAACUUUCUAAAAUUGAAAAAUUAUUGAAAAGCAAAGUGAAGUCACAAUCAAGCAAAAUUGAUGAAGGUUCUCCUUCUGUGCCUUACUUUAAAAAAUAUUCCAAAUCAAAACAUACUGCAACAAAACUAUUACACCAAAAUUACCACAAAACAAAUAUUCCUCAUUUAGCUAGUGGACUGCUAAUAGAUGGGACAUUUUAUGAAAUAAAUAGUCAAAUUGGCGACUCACCGAAAGUGGCAGUUUUCUCUAAUCUCUUGAAAACUUCCGAUUCAGACGACGAGCAACGUGUGAUAGAAGAUUUUGAAUUUCCAAAUUUGAAAUCUUCACAAAGUGCCGCACUUAAAAACACUAAGCAAGUAAAAGCUUCAGACAUGUCGGACGAUGUUAAGUGGUAUGCUCCCGAAAAGUUAGAUGCAGCGAUACAAGCAGAUAAAGGAAAUCAUCAACUAUUUGCAGACGGAUCAAGGACUUUAAAUUCGUAUGUUCCGUCAGUCGAAUCUGAUUCAAACACUGGUCAGCUUGGUCCUGAAAAUACUAGGAGUGCUUCUCACGAUGUUGCCUUUGGUGGUUUCGACUCAUUUCUUCAAGACCAGAGUUCCCAGAGCUUUUCAGAUUCCACGUUUGAUGAUCUAGGACCUAGUGGUAAUACGGGUUUCAUUGGCGGUGGUUUUGACAUGGAUGGGUCCCAUUGUUAUGAUAUAGAUACAAGAACGUGUUCAACAGAUCGCGAUUGUAGUUGUUAUGGAUUUUAUCACUGUUCGAUAAAUAAGUGCCAUUUGUUGGAUAAUUUGGAUGUAGAAUCGGAUUCGGACUCGACACCAAUAGGAACAUGGUAUGAUGAACCAAGAGCAUUCAAGUAA